AUGUCGUCACCAUCGCCCGAGUUCCAUUCAUCGCAAUUCUCGAUAACCUCGCCGCGUCGCAUACCCAAAUCCAAGUUCACGUACAAGCAGCUACACCAGCUCAAGACCUACAGCCCACAUACACCCCUCCGCGUAAUUGCGCACGUCGAUCUCGAUGCAUUCUAUGCGCAAUGCGAAACCAUCCGCCUCGGCAUUGAUCCGUCCAAGCCCCUCGCAGUCCAGCAAUGGCAGGGCCUCAUAGCAAUCAACUACCCCGCGCGCGCAUUUGGACUAAGCCGGCACGUCACGUCUACGGAAGCGUUGAAGCAAUGUCCCGACCUUAUAUUACAACAUGUUGCAACGUGGAAGGAGGGAGACGAGAAAUGGGCAUACCAUGAGAACAGCUUCAGGGACAUGGCGACGCACAAAGUCAGCCUUGACCCCUAUCGCAUGGAGAGCCGCAAGAUUUUGAAGUGCAUCAAGGAGACUUUGCCAGAGAAGGAACAACGUGUAGAAAAAGCGAGUAUUGAUGAGGUCUUUAUGGAUUUGAGUGCACAAGUGCAUACUAUAUUGCUUGAGAGAUAUCCUGAAUUGAGAGGGCCUGCGCCCUACGAUGACCCAACAGAGCGACUGCCAAAAGUUCCUACAACUGUGUUGGACUGGGCGGCCGAUGCGCUCGUUGAGACGGGCGAGGAAGACGGAGAAGAUAGGGAUCCAGACUGGGAUGACAUGUGCAUGGUCAUAGCAUCAGAGAUUGUACGAGAUGUCAGGAGACAUAUCAAGGAUACAUUGGGCUAUACCUGCUCUGGGGGCGUUGCGAGGAACAAGAUGCUGUCAAAACUAGGAUCAGGACACAAGAAGCCGAAUCAACAGACCGUCAUCCGGAACCGCGCUGUCAAACACUUUCUUUCCGAUAUGAAGUUUACCAAGAUCCGAAUGUUAGGAGGCAAACUAGGAGACGAAGUCGUCGCCCUGUUUGGUACAGAUAAAGUCAAAGACCUCGUGGAACAGCCAUUGGACCAGCUGAAGAAGCUAGGCGAUGACACGGGCAGUUGGAUAUACUCUAUAAUCAGGGGUGAAGACAGCAGUGAGGUCAACCCGCGCACGCAGAUCAAGAGUAUGCUCUCAGCAAAAUCCUUCAGACCAGCUAUCAAUUCGUUCGAGCAGGGUGUAAGGUGGCUGCGCAUUUUCGUGGCCGAUAUAUUUUCACGAUGCGUGGAAGAAGGUGUACUGGAGAAUAAGAGAAGACCCAAGAGCAUCAACUUGCAUCACCGGCAAGGUGCACAAACACGAAGUCGGCAAGCACCCAUACCCCAGGGUAAACCAUUAUCAGAAACCAUACUGUUCGAUCUCGCCAAAAACCUUCUAGCUCAAGUCGUCGUUGAUGGGAAAGCCUGGCCCUGCGCUAAUCUUUCCUUGAGUGUUGGAGGUUUUGAAGAUGGCAUCACGAACAACAAAGGCAUUGGCGGCUUCUUAGUCCGAGGCGAGGAGGCAAAGGCCAUGAUGUCGACUGGCAGGGUUACCGUUGGUGGAGGCGAGCCACCUGCAAAGCGAAGAAGGAUAAAAGGAAACAUUGCCAACUUCUUUGGCCCAAGAGACGAGAAGAAGAAAGAUUUUGAUGCCGCAAGGGCAGUGUUGUGGAAAGCGCAUACCGAGUCCACACGAGAUGACAGUGGAGAUGAGGCAGAGGAGACGGGAGAAGACCACGAUCCAUUCCAAGCACAACAAGACGAUGAAGCAGAGCGACCAUCGACACCAACCUUAGACCACCAAAGUUCGGAUAUAAUCUUUUAUGCCCCAAACACACCGCCCUCUGCCCAACCUCAGCCUGCUUCUCACUCUCCCCCACCACGGGAUCAUAACCCAGUGACACCGGUUCCUCGUACCAAACCCCCAGCUCAGCAAAAGUCUCUUGAUACUUAUUUCUGUUCCCGUUGUAACCUCCACCUCCCACCAGCAGAGAAAGCCGAACACGAAGACUACCAUUUUGCCCUCGAUCUAUCGAAGGAGAUGCGAAAUGAAGAGAGGAAUCCUACUCCGGCUCCUGUAAGAAAAGGCGGUGGGUCAAAACCUUCUAGGGGACGGGGACGGCCACCGGGAAGCGGAGUUGGGAGAGGAAGUGGAAGAGGAGAAGGGGUUGAGAAGGGACAGGCGAAGCUGGCUUUUGGGAGAGGAAGUUGA